AUGAGGUGACCACACCACGCUGCUAGCCAAUCGCAUCAGCCAGUCGUAGAAGAUUGUUGUGAAGUCUACUUGUGUUGUGUGAACUACAUCUGAUCAAGACAGGCAUCGCUGGAGGUGGUUUUGAAGAAGGCCUACAACGCGACGUACGGAUUCAAUCACCAAGUGAAUAAGGUCAAACACCUGUCAUCGCCAUGGCGACUAGGACCAUCCACCUAUCGGGGGGACGCCCCUGGGGUAUCACUCUAUCAGGAGGUCGUGAUUUCGGAGCCCCUCUCUGUGUUUCCAAGGUGACUGCAGGAGGCAAGGCCCAAAAGGGCGGAGUUAACAAAGGAGAUUACGUCAUUUCAAUUAACGGUGACCUAACGGAUGGGCUGCUUCAUUUCGAUGCCCAACAGAUGAUCAAAGCCACAGGAAUGUCCCUCCAACUCACUCUAUCUGGCACUCCUCCCAAGAGUCCGUCGAUGGCUCGUGCCAAUCCCUUCACCAACCAAGACAGCACAGACUCCCGUCCGAGGCCUCCAUCUCCCCCUCCCGCCACCUCUCCCGUCUCCGGGGGCAACAGGGCCAAACCAACAGCCAGCCCCUCCUCUUACCACACCCCUGCUCCUCCCAGAGAGGACUCCGUGAAAUUGCCAUAUCCCGAGGGACCUCCAGUACAAAGAUCACCUCUUUCACCUGACUCUGGUCUGGACAGAGGCUCCACCUCCACCUCCACCUACCAGUCUCCGUCGUUCAGGAGACUUCACGAUGCCCCGGAGACUGUCCCCAGUGCCCUGGGACCAUGCCCACCACGCCCUCCCUCCCCUCCCUCCGAGAAGAUGAGAGACAUCAGGAUCGACGACGGAAACACAGUCAAGACUUCUUACAAACCUCGGCCUCCGCCCACUGUGACAUCGAAAGUGACCACACCCCCAAAGACAUCUCCCAUUCCGAAACCAGCCCCUCCUCCCUCCUCCACCUCUCCAUCCCCAAGAUCACCAGUUCCCACCUCCCCAGUGGGUAAUCAGCAGAUGACUCCAGCUGUGGCAGCCAAGCUGACUCAGAGACAGGGAGUGUGUGCUGCCUGCUCUCAACCAAUCAGAGGGCCAUAUGCGACGGCCAUGGGCAGGUCCUGGCACCCCGAGCACUUUGUGUGUACGAGCUGUCAGAAGCAGCUGCAGAACACCAUGUUUGUCUUUGAGGAGGAGAGCAUCUUCUGCGAGAACUGCUACGCCAAGAAGUUUGCCAAGACCUGUCACUCGUGCCACAAAUCAAUUGUCGGGCCAUGUAUCACUGCCCAGGACCUCAGUUGGCAUCAGGAACACUUUGUUUGCUCUCGUUGCCGUACCGACCUCUCUCAGGGUGUGUACAAUGUGUGUGUGUUGUUCUAGUAUUGUGAGACGGAAUGUUGCAGUAUUAUUAUAAGGGCAAAGUUGUUACUAGAAACAGAAACCUGUACUUGCAUUCUUGCACUAGGGCCCUAUUGUUCAUAGGAGCACGCUUGGGCUUAUAAACAAUCGAGGAAGAGUAAGUUUU